AUGGUUGCCUGCCAGUACGAUCCCUUUUUGGAUGAUGCUCUAGAACUUGCUAAACGCGCAAAGAAGUUGGGAGUGUCGGUGGAGUUGCAUGUGGCAAGUGGGAUGCCACACGCCUUUCUGAACUUCAGUUUCCUCAACGCCGACUAUCGUCGUGCUACUAUGCACUGCAGCGACAUGAUUGCACGGCUCUUCCGUGGCGAGGUCUAA